GGCAGAGAUGACUGCAGCUGACACAGAGGUGACGGCGGGCGACUUGGUGUCUGCCAUAGUGGAGGAAUACAGCCUGAGCGCCGAUGAGGUUUUUCAGAUGAUGCAUCAACAGGUAUUUCAUGAGAGACGGACAGACUUUGCCUGCCGUUGCGCUAUGGUUAAUGUAUUUCACACAGGCCCCCGCCCUCAUCCCUGCCGACGACACCGCAAAGGACGUCAAACUGCCAAAUUCGGCUCUUCAAGGGCUGGUAUGGCUCAUCUCGUGUCGCAACAAUAUCCCUUUGCCAUCACUCAUCGCAACGGUCGCCACGAAGUGCAAGUGGCACGGGGACCCUUGCAAUGCACUGCUGCCGCCAGCUGCAUCCCCACUGCCCUUUCUGCCACCGUAUCCCUACCCAUUUCUGCAUCCGGCUGCACAGAACGGCCAGCCAGCCGCCGCCGUGCCUCCAGUAGGCAAAUCUCGCAGCACAUGGCCACUACACAUCCCGAGCUCUCUGUGGUGUCUCGUCAGGUGUGCAGGGGGAACGUGGAUGAAGGUGACCACCCGCAGCCGUCUCACGGCCCUACCAAGCGAGCCGGCCCGGCUGUGCCUGUCAGAGGCCGGUCGAAGCGCCAGAACCGGGGCUCGGACAAUCCUGCCGAAGCUUCCGCGACGCCAUGGCUUGAUGCCUGUGUCUCCUCGCAGCACAUGUCGUCGCUCACGGCCGGCCGUGUUGAGUUCGACGGGACGCCUGGAGUGGUGGGCGAGGAGGGAGAGACGCGGCCAUUUGCACUGCCCUGGGAGAGGAGCCGGGCUCUCAUGGGCCAUCCGCAGCCGCAGACCCAGGGAGGCGGUGCUGGUGCUGGUGGUGGUGCUGGUAGUGGUGGUGCUGGCGGGGAGGGGCUGGGUAAGGCCGUGUGGCAGAUUCCCGAGAGGCGGCUGACUUUCCAGGUUGGCGAGCUCAUUUUGAUCCGUGCACCGGGGGGCGCCGGGGUGCCGCCAUGGCCAGCGAGGGUCGCCGAGCUGUGUCACUAUACGCCCCGCCCCUAUCUGUGCGAGUGCCUUGGGGCGGUCAUCCCGUUGCCAUUAUACAAACGGUAGGUAUGUUGAUAUUGCACGCAGAGAUGGAUGGAUGGAUGGAUGGACGGCUGUGUAUCUAUCGCUGUUGUGUGCGCUGCAGUGUGCGGUUGGCUCCCACGUUGGUCGCUGAGUAUUCGCGCGACAGUGUGGUGGCUAUCUCGGCGGCUCUCCAGGGGCAUGCAACGCACUUCCCUGAGGGCCCCAACCAGGUGAAGAGACCUGUCUGUCCAUGGACACCAUCCCUGUCCUGUCUGCCACACGCACGUGGAUCCAUCCAUCCAUCCAUCCGUAUGCCUACCCACAGAUAGCGAAUUUCGAGCAGGCCAUCCAACAGGCGGAGCAGUUGCAUGAGAAGAUACGCUUACACGGUUGGUAGGUCACGUCGGUCGACAUUCAUGGCAUCUCUCCAUCACCCAAGACACCUUGCCUUGCCUUUCCCUGCCUACACUGCAUGCAUGUGUGUGGCUCGCUGCCGUGGCUCACCUCACAGGUCCUGUGCACCAUUCUGUGGACUUUGACUACAGUGCCAUUCAGCCGGUGGACAAGGCGUCGGACAUCGAGGGCGCCAUCUACACAUUUGACCCUACGGUGAGUGAGACAUCCAUCCAUCCAUCCAUGGUGCUGCUGGUGUCGUGUCGCUUCAGUUGGGCGGCAAGUGGGUCGCCCUUCUGCUCGACGGCAGCGAGCUCUCCGUAUAUGACCCCUUUCCCGUAGAGGUACCUACCGUACGCAUGAGGAUCAGUCAUGCUUCACAUCAUGUUGCUACGUCACUGGUGUGUCUGUCAGGUUUUUGGCUUUGCCGUCGCCAAAGCUCGCGCCGAGGAGAAGGUGUGCGAAGCCAUGUACAAAUCCAGCCCCUCUGAGGCGCCCAAGCGCAUCAAGGCCACACACACGGUCAGAGGGAAACGUAACGACACAGGCAGGGGUCAUACGUGCAUCGAUCGCAUCGCAUCGCUGGCAACCGUCGAUGCUCCUUGCCUGUCGGUCUGCAGGUCGCCAAAGAAGAGAAAUUCUUCUCCAAUGCCAUUGAGGCAUCGCAGGCUCUCCAACUGAGUGAGCGCGCCCACCAAACACACAACACCAGAUACCACACCCAUCAAUUGGUUGUCAUUUGUGUGUGUCUCAUCAGGUGACAUGGAGGUGCUCCAGCGCCUCACCGCCCCCGAGCUCACCAUCCCCUCCCACCCAUCACCGACAGCACAAGACGACACCAACACUAAAGCCCCCUCGCCCUUCCAUGACCACAGCAAUGACGACGAGGAGACCAAAGAGGGCAGUCCCACAUCGGUGCGCAUGGAGCUGGACGAGGGCGCCUGGCAAUUGGAGUACCUGCAGUGGGCCUAUGAGGACCGGCCGGUGUGGGCCAAGCGGCUGUCCAGGGGGUACGACGUGCUGGUGCGGGCGCAGUGCAGGAGUGAUGGGUUGAUCCACUUCCUGCAGACGCCCCAGCAGGCUGUGUACCUAUGCUCCCUCAGUGAGUCAGUGAGAAGGGAUAUACAUCAAAAGAGACAGACAAGAGACAUGGUGCCUUCCCUGCCACUCACUCUCCCUCCUCGUAUCCGCUUUUCUGCUUUCACAGAAGACGUUGGUGAUUUAGCGAUGCUUCUCUCCGAGGCGGCCGAGAGCAUCCUCGGCUGGUCCUUCACCACCUACCCUGUCACGGGGGACACCAAAUCCCCUUCACCCCUGCCCCACUCUGACCCCCUCGGCAUUGCCCAUCCCCCAGAGGCGACCCCCUGGUCACGAUUCUCAUGCACUAUCAUCGACCACUACACCAACGCCCUGCAGAAGAUGCCUCUGGACUGGACCGACCUCACGGCCGAGAGGGAGAGCUCCCGCCCUAUAGCCGGAUGGGUGAAGGCUGAGUACAAGGGGGCGUGUGCCAAGAAGGACCAGGUUGUGCGGUACUUCCCCUCCAUGCGGGCCGCUGCAGCCACCCUCAACAUGAGUCAGCGACAGAGACACGUCAUAGCUCGCAUGACAUACAUGGAAUCCAUUCAUUCUCGCGUUGAUGCGUGUGCGUGUGCGUGUGUGUGUCAGGUCUCACAGCUGUGGCGAUGGUGGCCAAGGGGUUCUGGCAGGGCUGCCGCGGGUGGAAACUCAGCAUCCUGCCAGUCACAGAAGACGACCACCUGCCCUCGUCCCGCCACCCCCGCACGCCCCGCGGCUCACACGCCCCGCCAACCCCAUGCCAGCCCACACACUCGCCGUCUCCCGCCCUCUUCCACAACGCACAGCGAUCACACAGCCAAAUCGCCCCACCACAGCAGCCGAGAGGCGGGCCACCAGCAGCAGCAGCAGCAACAGCAACAGCAGGUCCGAGGAAAACCCGCAGCAAAGGUUCGCACUUCCCACACCGCCCCAUGCGGACAAUGGAGUGGGCUGACGGCGUGCCGAAGCCGAUGGAGAUCCACGUGCCAGUGGCUGUGGAGCAGCAGCAGGAGGAGACGGCCGGAGGGGAUGAUGGUGCGGGUGGUGGUGAAGGUGCGGCGACUGCGGGUAAGGUGUACCUGUACGCGCAUCCGGUGGGCGAGCGUCAGUUCCAGUGGGUGAGGACGGGGGCCAAGAUGAACCCGGAGUCCAUACGGGUCAAGGCCGUCUGCCUCGCCAACAACACCACACACUACUACAUGUCGCAGAGGGAGUGCGCCGAAGCCCUAGGACUCGGUAGGUACUGACUGACAACAGACAAAGAAAGAGACACCGCCCACACACUCACCACCGAUUGGUGUCCCAUCCCUCUGCGUGUGUGUGUGUGUGCGCAGCCCAGUGCUAUGUGUCGAUGGCUGUCAACGGCCUGAAGAAAGUGGAAGGUUGGCGAUUCUUCAGAGUGGUCGACCAGCACAACAGGCGCCGCGUCGACUCGCUCAACCGCACUUUGUCGCGGAUGGAGGAGCGGGGCAGCUUCGACCGACACUCGGUGCCCGUCACCACGCCGCCCAUGGUGGACUGGCACGCCGCACGACGAUUCUUCCGCACUCAACAACACGCUGCUGCUGCACCAGCUGCCCUUGCCCCACCACAGCAGCAGGAGCAGGAGCAGGGGCAGGGGCAGGGGCAGGGGCAGGGGCAGCAGGAUGUCUCACCGGCUGUCGUCGUGAAGACGGAGGGUGCGUGUGGUGGGGAUGGGGGCAUGGAGGUGGACAAAUUGGCGUCGCUGCUCACUGCUGGCGCUGCUGAUGGUGGUGCUGCUGGUGCUGCCGAUGGUGGUGCUGAUGGAGCGGGAGACACGGAGGAAGAGACGCAGGGGUGAGAGUGUGGCGGAGAGAGACGUGCAGUGCCGUGCAGUGCGAAAAGGUGUGAGUGAGUGUGCUCUAAGAC